AUGGGGUAUAAGGGUAACCUUGAUAAGCAGUCGGUUAUGCAGUAUGUGAUUGAGGGAUUGCCAGACGGGCCAAACCUUACACUGCUGUACGGCUGCAAGAAAUUUAAGGAGUUCAAGGAAAGGCUCAAAAUAUAUGAGAAACUAUGCAAUAAGACGGAAGAGACAAAACAGCUCUUAAAGACAGAAAACAGACGUACGACGAUAAAUACGACGGAAGAUAAGACGAUAAAGAACGCAUGCUACAACUGUGGAGAAGUUGGACACAUUUCAGCAAGAUGCAAGCACAAAGAACCAAAGUGCUUUAAGUGUAAUGUGUUUGGGCACAAAGCGAAUGAUUGUCAAGUUGUGGAGGUCCAAACUGUUUUGUGCGAUGCUGAGCAGUUUGUAAAGAAGCGCCGCAGUCAACAUUAUGACGUCCAGAAUUUACAAGCAGGUAGGCAGUCCGAAACUGAACGGGACUACAAAGAUUUUAAAGGUUUCGGAGGAUGGAUGACAAAACCAGAUGGUCAUAUCACAUAA